GAAAACAGGACCCGCCGAAAAAUGAAUUUUCUUUUGGUUGGCGGAAAAAAGAUGAAAAGAGAAGGAAAGGGAGCUCCACAUAUUCAUUGAAACUUGUAACCAUGGCCACACUUUCCUGCUCCUACUCUCUUCAUCCUCUUUCUUCUUCUUCUGCUUCUUCUUCUUCUUCUUCUUCUUUUUCAACGUCUCUCACUCUCCCGCAACAUCAACAACAGCAGACCGAAUUCCCAACAAGACCUGAAUUCCCAUUACUGCUGUUCCGCUGCUCUGCCUCUCUUAAACCCGAAGUCAUUACAGAACCAACAAGGCUCUUUGUCCAACCCAUUCUCCUUUUAACUACUGGCUUUAACACACCCUUGGACACCCAAACCUUUCUUGCCACUAUCAGUGUCUUGGCGGCCAUUGCUCUCUCCCUCUUUCUCGGUCUUAAGGGUGACCCUGUGCCUUGCGAGAGGUGUGCUGGCAAUGGUGGUACAAAAUGUGUCUUCUGUAACAAUGGUAAAAUGAAGCUAGAAACAGGCUUGGUUGAUUGCAAAGUGUGCAAGGGCGCAGAUGAAAUCUAUCUUUGUAGGAUUGGUACUUUGCAAGAAAUGUGCAGGUUCUGGAUAUUCUCGACGGUUGUGAACUGGGGUUUUUAGAAUAUUGAUACCUCUCUUUGUAAUCGAUCUCAAUGAAUUUUUCUCGGCUUUAGUUGCGAAGGACAGAAAUUGUAAAUUGUGUUGUUACACUCUAUUGAAUUAAUUGUUACAUUACAGUCCUACACUAUUGAAAAAGUUAACUGGAAACAAAGAAAGGAGUGUUUUGAACAUAAAAGGAAUUUAGAGAAAUU